CUAGACAAGGGACAGCAAUUAAAAUGGCCGUUGUCUUUUCUUACUGCUAAAGAAAUAUACAUGUACAUGUAUAGCUAAGGAGUGUGAGAUGAUAAAGUGAAAAGAGCAAUUUAAGUGCAGAUAUAACCAUUAAUUAGGGACUUUGUGACAUCAAUGUCUCUCAUCUACUUCACACAUUUGCUGAAAUGGAAAUCAGUGGUUUUAAAUUCUGAUGGACCAGAAAUGUCUUAAUUCUGUUAAAUAUGUUUGCAUUCGGUGAUCACUGAUAAUAUUGAAUGUAGAACUAUAAUGAUGAAAUAAUACAAUAUGUCAUAUCACAGUUUGAUUACACAUUAUAUUUUGCUAGUUACCUGUGUGAUUAUAUGGAUAAUAUUAGUAUGGCAUGUGGCCGACUUGUCUUACAAACAUAUUCACAUUGACAGUGUUAAACCACACAACAAAAGUGCACAUAAGGAAGACACAGAGAGGAUAGCUGUACUUGUUUACUUGGACUACAAACAAGGUGGAAACUUUGCGAUAGAGUUCUGUACUUUCUUGUAUGCAUCAUGGAAGUAUGUGAUGAGCCACUCAUACCUUACUGAUUAUGUCAGAUUCAAGAAAGGGGUCUCAAGGAGGUGUAGUAAUCACACUCUCAUUGAUUUGAUUGUUUUCUGUCACCCCACAACAUGUGCUUCUUUACCUACAGACUGUCUCAAGUGGAGCACACUAACACAGUUUGAUCUCAAAUGGAUGAUUAACUCAUCAAACUGUAUGUAUCGACCAUUGCCCCCAUUGACUCAAAACCCAAAUUAUCCAGCCAAGUAUGAAUACCUUAACACGUUCUCAUUUCUACAACAUAUGCAUCUUGGGGAUGUUUUAAUGCGAUAUGAUUGGAUAUUACGUUCAGACACAGAUGUAUUUUUGACACCAACACUUUUAAAAUGGCGGCCUAAAUAUAACCUUGUCACAGGAGAGGGUGGCUAUGGUGAUUUGUUCAACAGACAACGAUUGAAAAAUAUUUCCCUUAAAUUGAAUCUAACUCACAGAGGUGUGACAAACUUUGGAAGUACUUGGUAUGGACGUCCAAAGCAAUUUCUUAUCGCUGCUAAGCUAACACUGAAUAUCUCAAGAUAUCUGUAUGAGAAUGAAUUUAAGCCAAACUUGUCAGGUCUGGAGGUGAUAUUCACUGAAGGGACUGACAGUAAUGGGAAAUGGCCCAUGUGGUGGAGACCUGUAUCAACAAUGUAUGGGUCAGAACUAGCACUUAAUCAUCUCAUCCCAGGAAUCAAUCAAUCCUACAAAGCUAUUGAUCUCUUAGAUGCAUUCAGCUCUCGGAGGAAACCAGCGCUUCUUUACCCACACAUCCAUUGUUGGCACGGAGAAGCAGAAUUCUCAAAGCAUCGAUUCAUUAAUAAUAUCACAUCUCUGUUGCAUCUUGAUAAAGAGCUCAAAUCUGAUGAUGUAAAAAAUCUGAUAACUGACAACAUUGGUGAUAAGAAUGCAAGAGACAUGCUAGCUUGGGAGUACUGUAUGUACAUUGCAUGGAAUGCUGUUGGCAACCACCUUCCUCAUGUUGUGACAGCCAUCUUGAAAAUUGGAUAGAUAUAUUAUGAUAUCAGAUUAUUUAAAAAAUAAAUCAAAAAUUCAAAAAAUCAGUCAACUAUGGUGCUUUCUUUAUUCUGCUUGAUGAUAUAUGGCUACACUGUGUUUGAAGCUAGAGGCAAUUAAUUGUAAGGCUUCACUACUAUACAUACAUGUAGUGAAUGAUUAACACAACUGAAAUAUGUAUUUUAGUUGAUAUGGAUAGUGUAGUUAACUGUAAUUUUACAUUCAUUGGUUACUUGUUAAACAGACUUUGAUAUGUCCAGUUAUUUUAACAUAAUACAAAUUUCAAAAUCCAGGUAAUUUUGAAAACUGCAAUUUUAGAUAUUUCUUGUCAUCACAAUCUCAGAAAUAUUGCACAUUGCAUUCAAUCUUUUCAACUGAGGUUAUGUGGUAUCUCUUUCUAGAUUCUUUUUUUUGGUUGCCAUGUUUAAUUCCAGCAACCAUUUUAAAUUGUUUUCAUCACUUUUGCAGUGGCAUUUCGAAGAAAGCCAUUGAAGAGAUUCAUUUCUUUUUAAAGAUGCUACUUAGUAUGUUAAACUCGAGUAGACCUGACAGGUCUAGAAGUGAUAUGGGUGUUUUCCUCAAGUAUAUUAAGUGUGAUAUUUAUUGUUGUGUGUCAGUGUUUGCAAAUGACAAAUGCCCUUUUCAUAUUGCGUGCAAAUAAUUGACUUUUUAUAAGAAUGAAUAGUCUUGUAUCAGGUCCAUGUAUAUGGAAUCUCCCUAGUGAGCUAAAUAAGUGAGGUGAAUUAAGGUUCAAAGGGGCUUGAUGUAAGACUACAUUAUCAUAUUUGAAACAAAAGUUCUCAUGCUUUACAUGAGCAAUGACUGUAUAUAAUAAACUUAAAAGCAUGAUGAUUU